AUAUUAUACCAAAACUUAAUAUUUUAGUAAUUUUGUUACAAAUUCUUAAAAUUUGUUUAGUUCCGUUUCGUUAAUUUUCAAAGCUUUACGAAUAUUUAAAUAUUUAAUACAUGGAAGCGUUUAGUUUAUAAGUACUUUUAGUUUCCACUAAAUUGAAUUGUUUUUAUUCUUAGUGUAAAAUGUUUAACUGCGUCACCGGUAAAUUGACUACAUUAAUUUGUCACAGUAAACUGCAGCCAAGCUUGAACAGUCUUCGAAAAUGUAUAAUACCUUUAACAUCAAAAACGGAUUUUAGCACAUCGUCUAGCUUGUUAGUCAAAAAAGAGGAUGGACCUAAACGUUGGUUAGCAUAUAACGACGUGGUAUAUCCACCACAAGCACCAGAUGAAGAACAACGACCUGCUUUUGUUUGCCAUCAAAAACUAAAUAUAAAAUACAGUCCAAAAAAAAUGUGGUAUGUCGCAUGUUUUGUACGUGGUAUGUCGGUUGAUGAGGCUCUUAAACAGUUGCCAUUGGUCGGUCGAAAAGGUGCCACUAUAGUACAAGAUGCUAUUUUAGAAGCUCAGCGGUUGGCAGUUGAAAAUCAUAAUGUUGAAUUUAAAACUAAUUUGUGGAUUGCUGAGUCAUUUGCUGGUAAAGGCCCAGUUAUGAAAGGAUUGCGUAGACAUUCUAGGAUGCGAAUGGGUGAAGUUAUGUAUCGAUACUGUCAUUAUUUUGUCAGACUAGAAGAAGGUACACCUCCAGAAAAUUAUUAUUAUAGCUGGCCUAAAACAGGUCCAGCUUUAUUAGCCCAAUGGCUUGAUGAAGUAAGAGACCGUAAAAUUGUAGGAUCACUGUAAGAAGCUACAGUUAUAUUAUAAAAAAGUUAUAAAAAUUUGAUAUGUUUGUGUAUUUACUGAAAUUAAAUAAAAAUG